CCAGUGAACAUUUAUUUCUGACAUUAACAUGGGAACUGUGCCAUUAACACUCUGAGAUAAGACAGAGUCCCCACACACUGUGUCAACAUUAGCUUUUACAUUUACAGCGAGUUAUGUCGCAUCCUGGGCUGACCGUCGCUGUCUCUUUGACCUUAGUACUACCCCUAGCGUCUGCCGGACAAGUUCAGAAGAUCGAAUGGAACGUGGUAAAGUUGGGCGGCAAGGACAGAGCAAACGUCAACGUGCUGGUGGCCCUGGACACUCUGAGGGAAGGCAAGGUCGUGGGCCUGCCCACGGAUACAGUGUACGGCUUCGUGGCCGACGCUACCCGCCCUAGGCCCAUCCAGAGGCUCUACAACAUCUCAGGAUGGCAGUACUUUCAUCAACCUAUAACCAUCGCCUUGGAUGAGCUUCAGCAAGUGUCCAUGUAUGCAGACAUCGAUCACUUGGACCGCAGCAUGCUGAGUCAGCUGCUGCCCGGCAGAGUCACUGUGGUGCUGAGACGGCGGAGCGGAGUACUGCCCCAUCUCAACCCGUCCACAGAUCUUAUCCCCAUCCGCGUUCCGGGGAAGAAGGAAAAGAUCUUCAUCAGGAAGCUGACCCACCAGUUGGAGAGGCCCCUGGCUCUCGUGGGGGCCAGGAAGGUGGGCCGUCCUCACAGUAUCUGCAUAGACGACUUCGAGGACAUCAGGCUGAGAGCGUACGUGGUGUACGACGGUGGCAAAAUGGAGAGGAAGAAGAUGGAGGGAACGACUGUGGUGGAUCUGACCACGUCUGGGAGGUACAAGAUCCUCUGGCCGGGAUGUGUGUUUAGUGCCGUCGUCAGCAUCAUGGAGAGACACGGCCUGGAGGAGUGGACUGACGGGCCCAACAUUACAGUGUUCAACCCGACAUAGUCCCUCUCAAUCAUAAGAAAAGAAAGAGAGAAGUUCGUAAUCUUACCAAAUGAUCUGUUUCCUAAAAGACAGAACAGAUGACUGAGCGAGUAACGGGCUUUAUUAUCUGAGCUUACCGAGUUCCUAGGUCUAGUUUAAAUAAUCGUAUGGCUCAU